AUGACUAAACCAAUCGCGGAGGCGAAUGAUGCGGAACUUGUCGUUGGACUUUCAACAGCAUCCAAUAAUGAAGAGGCACAAGCUAUCGCAGAGCACCUCGUCAAGGAGCGCCUCGCCGCAUGCGUGCAAAUCAUACCUGCAAUACAAAGUAUUUACGAAUGGAAGGGGACAAUAGAGGCGCGCACUGUCACUCCCCACAGGCAUUGCCUCCAGCACUCUCAAGUUAAGAGUUCCGAGGUGCUGAUCAUCAUGAAGACGCAGCGAGCGCACACCCAAGCAGUGGUGCAAGCAAUAAAAGCGAAACACUCGUAUGAUGUCCCGGAGGUGGUGUUCACUGAUGUCGUGGAUGGCAACGCAGAUUACCUCAAGUGGGCUCGAGAUGCUACCCAACGAAGCGUAGCAUAG